CGUUGACUCGCUCCGCUUCCGGCCGGUCUCAAUUCCGCUUCCGCUCCGACUCUGGCGUCUUUGCUGAGGGUCACAUUGAACUGCGAGGUGCUUCGGGGGUGUCUUUCGGACUCUGCAAAAUGGCAGAAGACAUCAAGACCAAAAUCAAGAACUACCAGACUGCUCCUUUUGACAGCCGCUUCCCCAACCAGAACCAGACCAGAAACUGCUGGCAGAAUUACCUGGACUUCCACCGCUGCGAGAAGGCGAUGACUGCUAAAGGGGGGGAUGUCUCCGUGUGCGAAUGGUACCGGCGUGUGUACAAGUCCCUCUGCCCCAUAUCCUGGGUGUCAGCCUGGGACGACCGCCGGGCGGAAGGCACAUUUCCUGGAAAGAUUUGAACUGGCUCCACCCACCUCUCCUCUGAACUCCAUCCUUCUCCCAGGGUGGUAAAGGGGGACCUGGGUACAUGGUGAUCCCCACCCUGGGAUCCUGAAUCAUGGCUUAACUAUUAAUAAAUACUCGUUGGAAAAGUGUAA